AGAAGCUUAUGAAGUAAGGUGUUGAUUGAGUUUUGUAGGCUAAGGUGCAAACAACGCGAUUUUCAAUUUAUUGAAUUUUAUAAAACCUACCAAAGAAAAAGAAUAAAUUUUGUAUAGAAAAAAAAAGUGUCUUUGUUAAUCAGUUGGAUCUUCCAUGGUCCUUUCAACCACAUUAGUGGUACUCGUUUACCACUCCUUUAAGUCUUACCAUACCAUUCAUUGUUUGACUCAUCAUGGUUUUCUCUACCGUUGCUUCGUUCGUUUUAGAUAAUCUUCCUGAAGGAACAUUAGCUAAAUGGAACUUGUUGGUCGGAUUUGCUGCCAUUUUCAAUACCAUCCAAUCCUACCUAACUCCCAAGCUUACGCAGCGUGUAUACAGUAAUUCUAAAGAAGUAAAUGGAUUACAAGGCCGCACCUUUGGUCUUUGGACUUUUUUGAGUGCACUUGUUCGUGCUUACUGUGCCUACCAUAUGUCAAAUGCAGAUAUUUACUUUAUCUGCCAAUGUACCUAUUACUUGGCUAGCUUCCAUUUUUUGAGUGAAUGGCUUCUCUUCCGCAGUGCAAACAUGGGUGCUGGCUUGCUCAGCCCGAUUAUUGUGUCAACCAUAAGUAUAAUUUGGAUGGCGAAGGAGAAACAAACCUAUCUUGGUCUAACAGCCUAAAGUUAAAGAUUGCGCAUAUACCCAAAUGCAGGGAUUAGCCUCAACUCAUUAAAGGGCUGGCUACGUUUAAAUAUAUAAGCUGUUUCUUUUGCAUGAAAAUAUAGACUAAAAAAAUUUAUGCAUAAGCUUCAAGCUAUCUCGAUAUAAUGGUUCAUACUACGAUCUAAUGAAUCUAUUUUUCGAUUGUAACACCUUUACU